ACAUCUGGCAGUAGGUAGCUACCUUGACGCAGACGAGAACCCGGUAGCUUGGGUCCUGCCUUCCUCAGACAAAAAAAGUCUAACAAAUUCUAAAUCACAAUUGAAUAUUUCCACUUGCAUCACCGCCCUCACUCUCUUCCACUCCCACCCCCCCUUCUCAACUCCUAACCACUUUGUCUACAUCUAAUCGAAGUAUACCCUUCUGUUGACUUCAACACUUGUCUAAUUCGCCACCAACAUCACGAACCUACCUCCAUCAUGAUGUUCAUCGCAUUGAUCACCUUUUUCCUUGCGCUUGCUCACAAAGCAUCCGCACAUUUCAAGAUCAACUACCCGGCCUGGCGUAGUGACACCUUCAAUGAAGCUCUCAACUACUCCCAGUGGACGUAUCCCUGCGGCGGCGUUCCUGACGGUGUCGGCAACCGAACCGAGUGGCCCAUCACCGAUGGUGCUGUCCAGCUUACCCUCCAUCAUCCUUGGACCUAUCUCUUCGUCAACGUCGGCCUUGGCUCUUCUGUCACUAACUUCAACAUGUCCUUCACGCCUGACCUGAUGAACGUCACUGGCCAAGGAGGAUUCUGUCUUCCGUCGCUCUCCGUCCCCAUGAAGGUUAGCGACGGCACCAAUGCCACCAUUCAAGUUGUUACCAGUGGCGAUUCUGGUUCUGCAUUGUAUAACCGUAUCCCUGCAGUAGGCGUUUAAAAAAUAUCUUAUAUUACAAUACUACUUUACAGAUCAAAUAUUAGGUUAUAAAAUACGAGAUAAUUAUUUAAAAAAACGUUAAAAGCUAUUAAAGUAUUAAAAAAAGAAAUUAGCCAAUUAAACCGUUAUAUUAAACCAUAUUAACUAUAC